AUGACACCCAGUUUGAGGAGCCCAGAUUUGCCACAUCAGGAGGAAUCCAGCUCUUUCCACCCCGAGCCCCAGCCUGAGAAGCCCAGCUCCAGCAACCCCAAGCCCCAGCCAAAGGAGCCCAGUUCUGGCCACUUUGAGCCUCCUCAGGAGAAGCCCAGCUCCGGCCAGCCUGAGGAGCCCGGCUCCGGCCACCCCGAGCCCCAGCCUGAGGAACCCGGCUCCGGCCACCUUAAGCCUCAACCUGAGAAGCCCAUCUCUGUCAUCCUCAAACCUCAUCAGGAGGAUUCAAGCUCUUUUUACCCCGAGCCCCAGCCUGAGGAGCCCAAUUUUGGCGACAACACCACCCAGUCUGAGAAGCCCAACACUGACAAAACUGAGCCCCAGCCUGAGGAGUCCAGCUCUACCCACCUUGCGCCUCAUCAGGAAAAUUCCAGCACUGAACACAUCAAGCACCAGCCUGAGGAGCACAGCCUUGGCCACAACACCACCCAGUCUGAGAAGCCCAACAUUGACACAACUGAGCCCCAGCCUGAGGAGUCCAGCUCUACCCACAUUGCGCCUCAUCAGGAAAAUUCCAGCACUGAACACAUCAAGCACCAGCCUGAGGAGCACAGCUUUGGCCACAACACCACCCAGUCUGAGAAGCCCAACAUUGACACAACUGAGCCCCAGCCUGAGGAGUCCAGCUCUACCCACCUUGCGCCUCAUCAGGAAAAUUCCAGCACUGAACACAUCAAGCACCAGCCUGAGGAGCACAGCUUUGGCCACAACACCACCCAGUCUGAGAAGCCCAAAACUGAGCCCCAGCCUGAGGAGUCCAGCUCUACCCACCUUGCGCCUCAUCAGGAAAAUUCCAGCACUGAACACAUCAAGCACCAGCCUGAGGAGCACAGCUUUGGCCACAACAACACCCAGCAUGAGAAGCCCAACAUUGAAACAACUGAGCCCCGGCUUGAGGAGUCCAGCUCUACCCACCUUGCGCUUCAUCAGGAAAAUUCCAGCACUGAACACAUCAAGCACCAGCCUGAGGAGCACAGCUUUGGCCACAACACCACCCAGUCUGAGAAGCCCAACAUUGACACAACUGAGCCCCAGCCUGAGGAGUCCAGCUCUACCUACCUUGCGCCUCAUCAGGAAAAUUCCAGCACUGAACACAUCAAGCACCAGCCUGAGGAGCACAGCUUUGGCCACAACACCACCCAGUCUGAGAAGCCCAACAUUGACACAACUGAGCACCAGCCUGAGGAGCACAGCUUUGGCCACAACAACACCCAGCAUGAGAAGCCCAACAUUGAAACAACUGAGCCCCGGCUUGAGGAGUCCAGCUCUACCCACCUUGCGCUUCAUCAGGAAAAUUCCAGCACUGAACACAUCAAGCACCAGCCUGAGGAGCACAGCUUUGGCCACAACACCACCCAGUCUGAGAAGCCCAACAUUGACACAACUGAGCCCCAGCCUGAGGAGUCCAGCUCUACCCACCUUGCGCCUCAUCAGGAAAAUUCCAGCACUGAACACAUCAAGCACCAGCCUGAGGAGCACAGCUUUGGCCACAACACCACCCAGUCUGAGAAGCCCAACACUGACAAAACUGAGCCCCAGCCUGAGGAGUCCAGCUCUACCCACCUUGCGCCUCAUCAGGAAAAUUCCAGCACUGAACACAUCAAGCACCAGCCUGAGGAGCACAGCUUUGGCCACAACACCACCCAGUCUGAGAAGCACAACAUUGACACAACUGAGCCCCAGCCUGAGGAGUCCAGCUCUACCCACAUUGCGCCUCAUCAGGAAAAUUCCAGCACUGAACACAUCAAGCACCAGCCUGAGGAGCACAGCUUUGGCCACAACACCACCCAGUCUGAGAAGCCCAACAUUGACACAACUGAGCCCCAGCCUGAGGAGUCCAGCUCUACCCACCUUGCGCCUCAUCAGGAAAAUUCCAGCACUGAACACAUCAAGCACCAGCCUGAGGAGCACAGCUUUGGCCACAACACUACCCAGUCUGAGAAGCCCAACAUUGACACAACUGAGCCCCAGCCUGAGGAGUCCAGCUCUACCCACCUUGCGCCUCAUCAGGAAAAUUCCAGCACUGAACACAUCAAGCACCAGCCUGAGGAGCACAGCUUUGGCCACAACACCACCCAGUCUGAGAAGCCCAAAACUGAGCCCCAGCCUGAGGAGUCCAGCUCUACCCACCUUGCGCCUCAUCAGGAAAAUUCCAGCACUGAACACAUCAAGCACCAGCCUGAGGAGCACAGCUUUGGCCACAACAACACCCAGCAUGAGAAGCCCAACAUUGAAACAACUGAGCCCCGGCUUGAGGAGUCCAGCUCUACCCACCUUGCGCUUCAUCAGGAAAAUUCCAGCACUGAACACAUCAAGCACCAGCCUGAGGAGCACAGCUUUGGCCACAACACCACCCAGUCUGAGAAGCCCAACAUUGACACAACUGAGCCCCAGCCUGAGGAGUCCAGCUCUACCCACCUUGCGCCUCAUCAGGAAAAUUCCAGCACUGAACACAUCAAGCACCAGCCUGAGGAGCACAGCUUUGGCCACAACACCACCCAGUCUGAGAAGCCCAACAUUGACACAACUGAGCCCCAGCCUGAGGAGUCCAGCUCUACCCACCUUGCGCCUCAUCAGGAAAAUUCCAGCACUGAACACAUCAAGCACCAGCCUGAGGAGCACAGCUUUGGCCACAACACCACCCAGUCUGAGAAGCCCAACAUUGACACAAAUGAGCCCCAGCCUGAGGAGUCCAGCUCUAACCACCUUGCGCCUCAUCAGGAAAAUUCCAGCACUGAACACAUCAAGCACCAGCCUGAGGAGCACAGCUUUGGCCACAACACCACCCAGUCUGAGAAGCCCAACACUGACAAAACUGAGCCCCAGCCUGAGGAGUCCAGCUCUACCCACCUUGCGCCUCAUCAGGAAAAUUCCAGCAUUGAACACAUCAAGCACCAGCCUGAGGAGCACAGCUUUGGCCACAACACCCAGUCUGAGAAGCCCAACAUUGACAAAACUGAGCCCCAGCCUGAGAAGUCCAGCUCUGGCCACAAUGACACCCAGUUUGAGGAGCCCAGAUUUGGCCCCAACAACACCCAGCCUGAGAAGCCCAACAUUGACAAAACUCAAUCUAUCUCUGGACACCUUGAGCCUCAUCAGGAGAAUUCCAGCUCUUUCCACCUUGAGCCCCAGCAUGAGAAGCCCAGCACUGACAAAACCGAGCCGAAGCCCAGCCUUGGCCUCCCUGAGGAGCCCAGCUCUGCCCAAAUUGAGCCUCCUCAGGAGCAUUCCAGCUCUGUACACAUCGAGCCCCAGCCUAAGAAGCCCAGCUCCAUCCACCCCGAGCCACAUCAGGAGGAGGUCAGCUCUGGUAAACCUGAGCCCCAGACUGAGAAGCCUGGCUAUGGCCUCCCCGUGUCCCAACCUGAGGAGUCCGGCUCUGGCCACCGCGAGCCCCAUGAGGUGGUUUCCAGCACCCACCACCCUGAACUCCAUCUCAAAGAGGCUGGCUACAGCCACCCAGAGCCUGAGGAGCCCGUCUCCGGGCACUUCGUGCCUCAUUCGUAGCCGGAGGAGCCCAGCUCUGGCCACCCUGAGCUUAGUCCCCAGCUGGAAGAGCCCAGCUCUCACCAGCCCAAGCCCCAGCCAAAAGAGUACAACUCUAGCCAGCUGCCUUUUAU